AUGAUUGGCACUCUUGGCUUCUUGACUGGGUUUGUCGUGGUGCAUCCCCGACUUCAGAGCCAAAAGUGGAGACUGUUGCGAUUAUCAACAUUCGUCGCGACGGGACUUUCGGCAUUUGCGCCUAUCAUCCACGCUGCUAGUAUCUUCCCCUAUGAUCAGCUAGAUCAACAGGCUGGAUUGCGAUAUUACUACCUUGAAGGGCUAGCCAUCGUGAUCGGGGUCUUGUUUUAUGCGACACAUUUCCCGGAGUCGUGGAAACCCGGAAGCUUUGACAUUUGGGGAUCGUCGCACCAGAUAUUCCACAUCGCCGUGGUCAUUGGUGCGACGAUUCAUUUGUAUGGGAUUUUGGUUGCUUUCCAGUGGAAUUAUGAAAAUCAGCGAUGCCACAUUGGUUGA